AUGGGUCAUUAUUCCUUGUUGGCCUUUGUGGCCCUGAUCGGCUCAGUUUCGGCGGAUAUUCUCUGCAAUUCCGGCUCAGCUACCACCGAUCGACAAGGAAACAUUCUCACCAGUCACAUAAAAGCUAAAAGCUGUCAAGGAGUGUGUAACACGGUGACCGCUUCACUUUUGGACGGAGAAGAGUUGCAUAUUUUUGGAUGCGAAGAAAAGUACAAGACCCGGAAAACGAUCUUAUCGGGCGUUCUCUGUGGAGAGGACUUGUGCAAUACACUUCCCGGGCUCGGACUACCUACUUUCGACGAGAUCAUCGAACCUUUACAAAAUUUCACAUUCACUUGCUAUGUGGGUCUCAAGCACGGCAUGUUUACGGUUGGAGGGAUUCAACAAUGCGAUGGCGCUUGUGGAACGCUUCAAACAACUGCCAACGGGCUCGACUCAGAAGCGUUUUUCUGUGCUCCGCGUGGCCUUUGUGCUGCUUUCUUGAAGAAUGCCACCGAUCCCUACGAGGCUUGCAUCACCGUCGGCGGAAACCUAACCGCAUGCUGCUGUGAGGAGAGGUCAAACUGCAACGCGCUUGACUUCCAUGUCACCGAUAUCCCACCACUUCCCACCGACAAUCGAGUGCCAAUCGCUUGCUACUCGGGAAUUCACCUCAGCGGUGCGCUGAUCACUGGCGGAGAAUAUGUGGCUUGUCAAGGGAAUUGCGCAUCACUCAAGUGGCAGCUCAACUCCGAUCUUGACUUGACCCUUUACUCGUGUGACCCGGCGACGAUUUGCCGUGGAUAUGGACUCAAUAACAAAUGUGCUGGAGUUGACAACAACACUUAUUAUGGAUGCUGUUGUGACACGGAUGCGUGCAUUGAUCCAACGAGAGUGCCACCAGUGAGCCCUGACAACCCGGCGAGUGACUGGAUCGAGUGCUACAUCGGAGUGAACAUCAAAAAUACAACAACAAACGCCGUUUUCAACGCUGGAACCCAGAAUUAUUGCAAUGGGAUGUGCGCAUCGGGGUCCACGAUGCUCAACGGAUAUGCGGUGGAAGCCUUCUACUGUGCCCAACGAUCUUUCUGCCAAGCUCUCGAUACGGUCAACCGAUGUGACACCACCUCAAUUGGGGAUCAAAUUCUGUCGAGCUGCUGCUGUGACGAUUCAGCGAAUUGCAACAUAAGGAACAGGGAUAUUCCAACGGUCGCACCUGAUGCUACUGUCCAACCCACCCAAAUGAUCGCCUGUUUCCAAGGCUUAUACAUCAACAAUCAAUCGAUGAGCGGCGGAUUUGUGGCCUGUGAUGGAGAUUGCGCGUCGAUCACUUUACCCACGACCGUUGGUGGCGAGCGUCACGAUGUCACCUUGUUCACUUGCGAUCCCGCCGACCUCUGUCGACAACUCGGACUCAUCAACAAUUGCCAAAACAUUGAUGGAGUGAUCUCUGGGUGUUGCUGUGACAGUGAUGUUUGCAUUAACCCGUACAAUAACCGAUACCCUAAUGGAAACAAUUCAUUGAGCUGUUUCGUCGGAGUCACUGUUGGAACCGAUUACAUGGUGGGUGGAUCGAUGCCAUGUGAUGGAGAGUGCGGAUCUCUGGAGACGACCGUCAAUGGAGUGCAUGCCGCUGGCUACUUCUGCGCCUCGCGUUCCUUGUGCAAAACCCUCGGCGUACACAACGAUUGUGCUUCGGUGCUUUCAUCUCUCUAUGUGAAAGGAUGUUGCUGUGAUUGGGACAACAACUGCAAUGCCAUCGCCGACAAUGUCACCGUUCCGACAUACGUGCCCCAGAAUCGGCCACCACUUGCUUGCUACAACGGCCUCUCAUUGAACAAUCAACUCUUGCAAGAUGGAAAUCAAUAUAUGGCUUGCCGUGGUGACUGCGGAUCGAUCACAUUUAGCGCAACGGUAGCCGGCAAUGAUUACAAUGCUACGAUGUUCACUUGUGAUCCAGUCAAUAUUUGCGGUGCUUUCAACUUGAAAGAUUCGUGUGGCUCGAUUCGACAAGGAGAUAAAGGAGGCGUUAGCGGGUGUUGUUGCUCGUGGAAUGAUUGUAUUGAUAUAAACAACCCGAGAGUGAAACCCUCAAGGGACAACUUGCAAUGCUAUGUUGGAUUCACCCUCGAGGACACCAACAACAACAAUAAGUCGACGACUUACGGAGAUUCGAUGCCGUGCGAUGGAAACUGUGCCAGCAUUCAGACCAUCUUCAAUGGUGUUAUGGGUUGGAGUUACUUCUGCGCAUCGACGAAACUCUGCGGUGGAUUGAAUAUGACGAACGACUGCACCACGAUUUUCACCGAUUCUGGAUCAUCGAUCACCGGGUGCUGCUGCGGUGACGACAACAAUUGCAACAUCAACAAUGCCCAGGUCGGUACACCAGUGCCACCAGCCACCGGUGCUCCCGACAAUCGCUCACCAAUCGCCUGCUACUCGGGUCUCGGCAUCAACAACAUUGUGCUCACCGACGCAAACAGCUACACGACUUGUCAAGGCAAUUGUGCAUCGGCUACUUUCUCAACGUCGCUUCAAGGCAAAGUCUUCAACACGACAAUUUACUCGUGUGAUCCGGUGUCUCUCUGCGCGACGCUUGGCACGACUGGCAAAUGCAGCACGAUUCAAAACGACGGUACUUCGACGACACUCUCUGGCUGCUGCUGUGAUUGGGACGACUGCAUUGACACACUCAACAACGGACAAAUCAAGCCGUUCCCCAACAAUAGCACGCACAAGCCAGACGAUUUGACAUGUCUUGUCGGUUAUUCGAUUUCACAAUUCGUGGGAGCCGCGAUGCCCUGCACUGGCUCUUGUGUCUCCGUUCAAACCACCGCCAACGGUGCCGAUCUUUUCGGCUACUUCUGCGCGCCUGACUACCUCUGCGAUACGCUGAAAAUGCACGAUCAAUGCGUCGCCCUGCUAACAACUCCAUUCGUUGAGGGAUGCUGUUGCGAUGAUUCGAGCAACUGUAACAACAAGAACAACUACCCGCUUCAACCGUACGUGCCACCGGCUCGAACACCGAUCGCUUGCUACAGUGGGAUUGCUGUCAACGGAAAAUUGCUCUCGGAUCGAAACUCGUUCAUCACUUGUCGUGGCCAGUGCGGCUCAAUUACGCUCACUACACAGUUGCAAGGAAACGCCGUCAACGCGACACUCUUCGCGUGCGAUCCAGUGACGGUCUGCGAUUCGUUCAACGUCAACAACGGUUGCGGCGGCACGCCGAACGGACUCGUCAGUGGAUGUUGCUGUGAAUGGAACGACUGUAUUGACAUUGACAAAAACCAAGUGAAACCAUCAAGAGACGAUAUGCAAUGCUUCGUCGGUUUCGCUUUGGAGGGAUCGAAAAAUGGAACUUAUGGGUCGACUGGAAGCUGUGAUGGACAAUGCGCAUCCGUUCAAACCACUGUCAACAGCGUGAACACAUGGUUCUUUUUCUGUGCCACGAAUCGCGUGUGCGACGGGUUGAACAUGACAAAUGAUUGCGAUACCCUAUUCAACAGCAACGGUGAAUUCAUUAAGGCUUGCUGCUGCAGUGACUCGAACAAUUGCAACAUCAACAAUGCCCAUGUGAAACCAGCCCCAACUCUUGCCCCAGCUCCCACAACGCUAUCGCCCAUUGCUUGUUAUGUUGGUGUCAACCUCAUGGGCAAACUCGUCACCGCACCGGAUAGUUAUCAGACUUGCUUCGGCGAGUGCGCGUCGUUCACCUACGCAUCAACAUUCAACGACCAGACCGUUAGAGCCACCAUUUUCUCCUGUGAUCCCGUUGCACUCUGCUCUCAAUUCGGACUCGAUGGCACCUGUGCUACGAUCCAAGCCGAUAGCUCGUCGACGGUGAUCUCUGGCUGUUGCUGUGGAUCUGAUGACUGUCUUGACACUUCAACUGGAUUGAUUAAGCCGCAAGUGAGCACUUCAAAGCAAUGUUUUGUCGGCUUGUCGGUGACCGGACCUGCGUACAAUGGAACCUACGGAGAACCCGGCCGAUGCGAUGGACAAUGUGGAUCCAUUGAGACCAGCGUUAACGGCCACAACACCUACGGCUUCUUCUGUGCGUCGAACAACCUGUGUAACAGUCUCAACUUGCACAAUCAAUGCUUGAAGAUCUAUGGGGAUUCAACGCCAAUCACUGGGUGCUGUUGCAACGAUGUUGACAACUGCAACUUCAACAAUCAACCAGUUCCACCCGCUCCAACCGGAGUCCCCACCCCAGCUCCAGGCACAAGCCCUAUCGCUUGCUACUCCGGAGUGUCAAUCAGUGCCAAUGGAAGUCCAGCAAAGCUCUUGACGCCCAGCGACAGCUACAUGACUUGCGUCGGCAGCUGUGCAUCAGUUUCCUAUUCGACCUCUUUCAUGAACACCUCCUACACAACAACCGUCUUCUCUUGUGAUCCAGUCGCAAUCUGUGCCAUCUUUGGACAGGCUGGUGACGGAUGUGGAACGCUUAUUCCUGACGACUCUACAACGAUCGGUGGCUGUUGCUGCAGCUGGGAUGAUUGUAUCGACACGUCGAAUGGAUUGAUCAAGCCAGUGCCAAAACUCGCGAGUCAAUGCUUUGUCGGCUUGGCAGCGACCGGACCAUCGUACAAUGGAAGUUACGGAGAGCUUGGAAAAUGUGAUGGACAAUGCGGAACGAUUAUCACCUCUGUUAAUGGCCACAACACAUACGGCUUCUUCUGCGCGUCAAACAAUCUGUGCAACGCGUUGAGUCUCCACAAUGGCUGCUUAAGCAUCAACAACGACGCCAAUCAACCAAUCGCUGGCUGUUGCUGCAAUGAUGUCGAUGGGUGUAACUUCAAUAAUCAACCAGUUCCCCCGGCACCAACAGGACUCCCAACUCAGUCACCCAACACUGUCCCCAUCGCUUGCUACUCUGGUUUAUCGCUGAGCGCAAACGGAAACACGCCAAAAUUGUUGACACCAAGUGACAGUUAUCAAUCGUGCUUCGGAAGCUGUGCUGCUGUCUCCUACACCACCUCGCUCAUGAACAACUCUGUCACCGCCACCGUUUUCUCGUGUGAUCCAGUGGCGAUUUGUUCCGUCUUCGGACAAGUCGGCGACGGAUGUGGAAAACUGUACCCAGACAACUCUACAACGAUCGGUGGCUGUUGCUGCAGUUGGGAUGAUUGCAUUGACAAGACGAAUGGAAUGAUCAAGCCACCCCCGACGCCACAAGGGAACAAUCAAUGCUUUGUCGGCUUCUCAUUGGCAGGACCAGUCAGCAAUGUCACCUAUGGACAAUCGGUCACCGGAUGCGAUGGACAAUGUGGAACGAUGUCAUCCUCGGUCAAUGGCCACAACGCGUACGCGUUCUUCUGUGCGUCGAACACUCUCUGUGGGACUUUGUCACUUGUCAACACUUGCCGUAACAUCAAGAACGACGCGAAUCAGCCGAUCACCGGAUGCUGUUGUAACAAUGGCGACAACUGCAACAUCAAUAAUCAACAGGUUCUACCCGGCCCAACUGGUGUCCCAACAACCGCUCCAGGAACUACUCCAAUUGCUUGCUUCUCCGGAAUGUCGCUCGGCAUUGGAAACACAUCCGCGCUCGUCACUCCCGAUAACAGCUAUCAAGCUUGCUUCGGAAGCUGCUCGUCUCUCUCAUUGAUGACGGUCUUCUCAAACUAUUCUGUCUCCGCUACCGUCUUCUCUUGUGAUCCGGUGUCAGUUUGCAACGUUUUCCAGGACAAUGGAAAGAGCUGUGGAACGUUCGACGCCGAUAACGUGACCUCAGUUGCUGGGUGUUGCUGCAAUUGGGAUGAUUGCAUUGACAAGACGAAUGGAAUGAUCAAGCCACCCCCGACGCCACAAGGGAACAAUCAAUGCUUUGUCGGCUUCUCAUUGGUAGGACCAGUCAGCAAUGUCACCUAUGGACAAUCAGUCACCGGAUGCGAUGGACAAUGUGGAACGAUGUCAUCCUCGGUCAAUGGCCACAACGCGUACGCGUUCUUCUGUGCGUCGAACACUCUCUGUGGGUCUUUGUCACUUGUCAACACUUGCCGUAACAUCAAGAACGACGCGAAUCAGCCGAUCACCGGAUGCUGUUGUAACAGUGGCGACAACUGCAACAUCAAGAAUCAACAGGUUCUACCCGGCCCAACUGGUGUCCCAACAACUGCUCCAGGAACUCCUCCAAUUGCUUGCUUCUCCGGAAUGUCGCUCGGCAUUGGAAACACAUCCGCGCUCGUCACUCCCGAUAACAGCUAUCAAGCUUGCUUCGGAAGCUGCUCGUCUCUCUCAUUGAUGACGGUCUUCUCAAACUAUUCUGUCUCCGCUACCGUCUUCUCUUGUGAUCCGGUGUCAGUUUGCAACGUUUUCCAGGACAAUGGAAAGAGCUGUGGAACGUUCGACGCCGAUAACGUGACCUCAGUUGCUGGGUGUUGCUGCGGAUGGAAUGAUUGCAUUGACAAGACAAAUGGACAGAUCCGAACGACCACAGCUCCACCCGAGUCGGCAACCAAAUCCUCCUCGUACCCAUCAUUCCUCAUUGUUCUCGCUCUUUCACUCACUAAAAUUCUCCUUGCU